AUGAACUUGGCAAGUCUUGUUGAUAAAAAUAAUAACAGCUUCAUGAGGAUGGCAUCUAAUCAAUCGAGUGAUAAUUAUAACGGUGCAGAGCACGAAAAUUUCUCGUGGUCUCAGAGUAUAAAUGAUCUUGACGUGAUUGUGAAGAUUCCUGAUGGUUUGAAGUGCCUCGAUGACCUCAAAAUUCAUGUCUCGACGAGGGGAAUCAAGGUCGAGGCACGUACGAGGAAUUUCAGGGCAGGUGAUCAGGACUCAGACUGGUGCGUUAUUUUCCAGGGAGAGCUCAGCUACGAAAUUAAGAGUUCCGAGAGUAUUUGGACGGCGAUACCAGGGAAAUAUGUACACAUCCACCUGGAGAAAUCAUCAGAGAGAUGGUGGGAGUCUUUGAUCAACGACGAAGCCAAGAUCUCAUUAGACAAAAUUGAUUGUUCCCGCGACAUUGAGGAGCUGAACCCCCAGGAGCAGAUGACACUGCAGGAAUUGAUGUGGUGUGAGCACGAAAAAAAUUUAAAGAGACUUGAGAAAGUGAAGGAACAAUGAAGCGCAUUGUCGGAUGCUUGUUCUCAUUUCAA